AUGCGAGCACAGCAAUCAGAUUGUCUUGGGGCACUCGGUGUGAACUACAAUGAGAGCUUGACUUGGAUUCAUCAUGAUGAGAUCAAGCAAGUUGGCGCUCAAUGGGUCAGAGGCUUCGUUGAUAUGCACCAAGUAGACAGCUCUCAUGCGGAGGAGGACCCGAAUAUCAAGGCCCUAUUCAGUGUCGCAGAUGCUGGGUGUAAAACUAUUCUCAGCUUCAAAUGGGCUUACCCAAAUGCUGAAUUCCCUGAACCGGGUAGUCCUAACCACGCGACUGAGCUGGAACGAUUGGAUCGUCUUCUCCAAAUCGUAAUGGGAAAGGUUGAUAUCCUGGUCAUCGGAAACGAACCUUUUAUUGAGGCUCAACAAACUGAUGAGCGCCUCAACGUCUUCUAUGAGUCUCUCGCCAAUUUUUUUAUCAAUUUUCGCAAUACGCACAACAAUCUCCCUGUGGCAACGCGGCUAUAUAUGGGGGCAUUGAACCGACUCGAUUUGCCAGUCAAGCGCACGCCGGCAAUUGAAAGGUUCUUAAGCUUCAUUGCCUCGAAACCAGAGCUAGAUGGCGUCGAUCUCCAUAUGCACAUGCCAAAUAUCGCAGCUCACAAGGCUAUGGUAAAUUACGCUUUGUCCAAAAUUCGGCCUGAUCAGACCUUUUUAGCAACAGAGUUCUCAAUGAUAUGGCAUUGGAAAAAUCACAUAUCUGAUGAAGCGUCAAUCUACUUCUGCGAGAAAUAUGGCUUUUCUCCUGGUGUCAAAGUUUACCAAGUGAUAAACGCGGCAUUUCAGACACCUAUGCCCUAUGCUCAGUGGGAGGACUUUCUUAGACAUGAGCCUUGGUAUAUGGAAUACCAGAACUUCAUGGCAAAUACCAUGAAUAUAUAUAAGGCAACAAAAAAGCUUCAUGUUGCAACUUACGCUCUCUCUCCGAUGCGAAAUAGGAAACGGCCGCUGCUGGCAAUAGAUACGCCGUGGAUGCUGAAUGGUCUCUACUCGCCGUCGACAGUUCAGCUGAACCAAGAUGGAUCAAGGCAUCUAAAUUUCCCUUGGGGAGAAGAGUUUCGCAAGCUGCAAAAAUUUGGAUAA